GAUGGAUACAUAUAUUAAUCUCAUCUCAGCCAGGUCAAUCAAUCAAUACCGCCAUCAUCCAGUCGCUGACUCUUUCCAUCUCAAUCACUGUCCAAGGUGAGCUCGUCGUCUUCACUCUCAACACCGCCGCCCACAUCGACACUCGAUAUAAUCACGAUGGCUUACCAAACCAAUCUCUUCAUCAACAACGAGUACGUCCCCUCCUCGUCAGGAGAGACCCUGUCCAUCUACAACCCCAACGAUGACACCCUAGUCACCGACAAAGUCCAAGUGGCUUCCGAGGCCGACGUCGACAAGGCUGUCGCGGCCGCCAAAGCCGCCUUCCCCAGCUGGUCCUCGACACCCGGUGCAAAGCGGGCCUCCAUCAUGCUCAAGUUUGCUGACCUCCUGGAUGCCAAUGCCGAACGCCUUGCCAAAAUGGAGACGCUGUGCAUGGGCCAACCCAUCACCGUUGCCAAAGGCUUUGUCCACGGCCCAGCCGCAAUUUGGCGCUAUUAUGCUGGCUUUGCCGGCAAGAUUGCUGGUGAAAGCUACCCUCCGGAGGGUGAUGGCUCUUAUAAGAUCGUCGCCUAUGAACCUCUCGGGGUCUGCGCCGGUAUUGCCGCUUGGAACGGCACUCACGCCCUGGCCGCCUGGAAAAUGGCAGCCGCCCUAGCGGCUGGAAACACGUUUGUCUUCAAGCCAUCGGAAAAAUCGCCACUGGGAGCAGCUCUCUAUGGAGAACUGAUCAAGGAAGCUGGCUUUCCCCCCGGCGUUAUCAACAUCGUGAUAGGAGCCGCCCCGGUAGGUGCCAUGCUAGCAUCGCAUAUGAGCAUUGCCAAGAUUGCUUUCACUGGCUCUGCCGCCGGUGGGCGAGCUGUCCAAAUCGCGGCCGCCAAAUCCAACAUGAAACACGUCUCCCUGGAGUUGGGAGGCAAAUCUCCCGCUAUCAUCUUUGAUGACGCCGAUUUGGACAAUGCUCUCCUGCACAAUUCCACCAGUUUUCUGCGGAACUCCGGACAGAUUUGCUUCGCCUCGUCCAGAGUCUUUGUCCAGGAAGGCAUUGCCCCAAAGUUUAUCGAAGGGAUCAAGAAGGCUUUUGAAGAUGCGACAAAGAAAAUGGGAGAUCCAUCUUUGGCUGAAACUGCGUAUGGACCACUGGCUGACAAGAAACAAUUCGAUCGCGUUAUGGGAUUCCUGAACGACGGCAAGGCCGAGGGUAUUGAAGUCUUGACCGGAGGAGAGAGGUUGGGUAACAAGGGCACGUUCGUGAAACCUACUGUACUUCUCAAUCCUGAUGUCCGGAGCCGUGUCUUUACCGACGAGAUCUUUGGACCUGUGAUUGCCCUCAAGACUUUUAAGACUGAGGAAGAUGUUAUCGCCAUGGCCAACGAUACCACUUACGGUCUUGGAUCCUCUGUUUUCACAUCCGAUAUUGCGCGAGCAUUGCGCGUAGCGUCCAAGAUUGAGGCCGGAAAUGUGGGAGUUAAUCAAGCAUAUAAGACAACUCCGCAGACGCCAUUCGGUGGAUACAAGCAGUCAGGGCAAGGAAGGGAGAGCGGCUACGAAGGCCUCAAAGGAUAUUUGCAAGCCAAGACGAUCAUCAUAAAUAUGGAGCUGCCGAAGAAAGCAUGAAACCCCGUCAGAGAGCUGUUAUGAGCAGUGGCACACACAAAUCAUGCUGUCUCUUCGACGACCAAGGAAUCUUUGUCAUCAGAAACACUAGAUAGGUAGGAACAAAAACACAUAUAUCCUCUUACCUUGAGAGAUACAGUAGGCAUUCAGCCAUG